AUGUACACAGAAGUUGAUGUGUUUGUUAGUAAUUACACAUUGAUAGAUCCAGAGAUAUAUCAACUGUGGAUUGAAGGAUGCUCUUCAAGUGAAGCGGUUUCUACUUUACAUCAGAGGUCUGUAGCUAAACAGACGGGAGCUACAGUCGAGCUUAUUGCUAGCGAUGUGUUGGACCAUUACAGGACCUUUGCUCUUCUAGAACGUCUUCUAACGGUACCCUCAAAGCUAUCAGAACAAAUGACCUUUCAGAUUGACGAACAAACCAAACACAUGCUUAUUGAGAAAUAUUAUGAUCUUGAUGAUGCUGUUAUACGGGAACUGCUCGGUAGGAAGCUGUCUUCUCGACACAGAAAGGAUUUAGAUGAGGUAGCCGAGCGUUCGAGUGCCCCAUUACGCUGUUGUCGACGUCAAUUCGACAACGUUCGUCGUGUGUUUCAAGCUGUUGAGGAGAUGCCAGGGAAUGUGGUGACAAACAUACGAACAACAUUCCUUAUAUCAGAACCGCUGGCUAAGAAAUACGGCGCCGUAGUAUUCAUUGCGUGUAUGAGAUUCGAGACCACUAAAAGGAAGUUACAAUACUUGUCCUUCAAUGAUUUCUAUCACUGUGCUCAAGCGAUCAUGUCAAGUUGGACGUACAGCUGUACAGGUCCAGAAUAUUACGACACAGAGAUGGACAGAGAGUUCCUAUUGGAGUUAAGAGAAUUAAGGAUACUACUGGAUAAAGAAAAGGAACACAAACAUUUAAUCUGCAUGCGGCUGAAACCCAAGUUGCUUGAGAAGUCUUACCAGGAAUUGGAGCUAAACUUCAGGCUAUACUCGCGCGCCCUGGUGGGCCUCGCGUGUAACUUACACAGAGGAAGAGAACUCAGAUCAUUGUUUGUGGAUUUAUUGGAACGAUGCAUAGAACCUCUGCGUCUCGGAGGCUGGCCAAAGACAGAUUUAGCUCAAUUUCUUUGCGCCUACGAGCAAUGCGCGCUUCAGAUGGAUGUACUAAGAGAAGCUGAUCUGAAGAGCGCAUGGGAAAGAUACAUGAAAGUAAUAAGCAGAUGUCUCCUAACAAUGUACCCUGCAUGA